AUGGAUUUUGGUAUUUAAAAUUAAACAGAUGAAUAAUAAUAAGCUAAUAAAGAACCAUCAAAUUAAAAUGGUAAUGAAGGAAAUAAAAAAUAAACAGGUUGUUGUGCAUUUUUGACAAUAGAGUAAAUUAUAUAUUAAAAUUCUAGAUUUUAUACUCCUUAUUUUAAUGUGACUGAAACAGAUGUAUUAUAAAGAAUUUAAGGAACAUUUUUACCACUUAGACCAGAUUUUUUAAAUUUAAUUAGAGGAAAUCCAGAUUUGUAUAUUAUUUAUUUAUUUAAAUCUAAGAUGGGGACCAAUUUGGAUAAAUGCCACAUUAAUUUUUAUGAUAACAGCUAUAGCCAAUUUAAGAUAGAUAGAUGAAGAAAAAGAAAAUCAAUCUUUUGUAAUUAGUUAUGUUCCAUAAGCAACUGCUUUACUAUAUAUAAUAGCAUUUGGAACUCCUAUAGUCUUAGCUGCUGUUAUGAAGUUUUUAGGUGUUGAUUUAAGUUUCUUUUAAACCAUUUGUCUAUAUGGAUAUUCAAUGUCUACAUUAUUACCAAUUACUAUAUUGUGUUAUUUCUAAAAUGAAUUAUUCUUAUGGUUGAUAAUUGCUUAUGGAUUUGCUAAUUCAUCAUUAUUUUUAAUAAUAAACCUAAAAGAGUAUUAAAUUUUUAUAUAAAAAUUAGAGAAUUGGAUAAGUUGUAGAUCUAAAAGAAAUAUAUCAUAAUUGGAAUAGUAGUGACAAUGCAACUAUCACUCUAUUUGUUUUACAAAUUAGUUUUCUUCUCUUAUGUAAAAGAGUGA